AUACCAUAACCGGGGAGUCAUUAAUCCCUCCGCCCGGCUUCUCUCGAGUCGACGCCGAGCAUCUGAUCUUCUCGGUAGAGAAGAUGACAAAAAUUUACCCUAAUUUGUCGCUCCCCAAAUCUCCUGCGUCCUCCAUUUCCAUCUCCGCCGGAGAGGAGCCGGCCGUCCUUACGGUAUGGCGGAAGUCUCUUCUAUUCAACUGCAGCGGCUUCACUGUCUACGAUUCCACGGGUAACCUCCUCUACCGCGUCGACAACUAUUCCUUAUCCAGCCUUAACGAAAUCGUUCUCAUGGACGCCAUCGGCAAACCUCUCUACACCGUCCGUCGAAAGCGAUUUACUCUUACGGAUCAGUGGAACAUCUACAAGGGGGAAGCAGUAGCGGCGCCGAGGCCGAUCUUCUCGGCGCGGAAGCAUGUUUCGCUUGUCCGAUCAAAAUCACUGGCUCACGUGAUCCCCUGCAGCGCCGCCGGCAAGUUUGCCGAGGCGAUGUACGACGUAGAGGGUUCAUUUGCGCAGAGAUCGUGUGUAGUGUACGACGAGAGUCAUAAACCAGUGGCGGAGAUUCAACGGAAGGAGACGGUCGGCGACGAUGUAUUUCGCCUCGUCGUGCAGCCGGGUUUCGACGCCGCACUGGCCAUGGCGUUCGUGAUUCUUCUCGAGAGGAUGUGUGUGUCGCGGGUCGCGUCGAUUAAGGGCUGAGAUUUUCACUCUCUGAAGAUGAAGGGUGGUGAUUUCUGGUUUUGAUGUCGGGGAUGUUUUUGUGGUUUACUGUCAAUAACCUUGUAGGGGUUGC